AUGGAUGACCUUGAGAGCCUAGAAUUGGACGAGCGCAUGUUGAAACUUAAAAAGCGACAACUCGAACUUGAUUUCGAAGAACUGGAAUUGAGGAAAAGACGAGCCAUUCUUCGAGUUGGAGGUGGACCUCAAGCUUUCAUUGCUCCUCGACAGCCAUCUGAGGAACCUAGUGCCGGAGAAACUGCGAUCACUACGAUACUGGCACUGAAUCAGAAAUUCCCGGAACUUGAAACUAAUCGCCUUUCAUCUCAUGGUGAGGAGUCACCUAAAGCGACAGAUUUCGUGAAUCCCAUCGCUCGUGCGGCCACGAACAAAGCUGCAGGCAAGAGGCCUGAGAAGGAUGCAGCUCAAUAUGACACUCUGAACCCCAACGUCCAGACAGACCAACCGCAACAGCCAUCUCAUUUGUAUCAGCCUUCUUCUUCAACUCCUGUCAUUGCAGAGACGCCCUCAGAUGCCGCUACUAUGAUCGAUAUGCGGCCCCAGGCUUCCAACGUAAGCGCUCUCACAAGCACUGACUUCAAUACAUCCCUCACGUCGCGAGCUGCUGGUAGCAUGGGUCAACUCACCGAAGCAAAGUCAAAGGCUUACCGGAAGGGAAAACUCUUCAAGUCAUACACAUACUUGGAAAAAUAUUACGCCGCGUGGACCUACCAAGAUCUACUCGACGACCUCCUCAAGUGUAGAGCAAGCCAUCCUGAAGAUUGGACGCCUCUCGAGUUUCUAAAGAGAGCAAGUUUUGUCUCGAUUCUACGCCAGGCAGGACUAUGUGAUACGAAGCGCGCCGUUGUUCGAAAGAUCGCCUCUCGAGAUCUCAACUUCGCGAAUGAACACCCUGCUAUCUAUACUGAGAGGGGUUAUUGGUCCCGAUUUCCAGAAUUUCAGCAAGUCCUAGAUGAACAGAAGCUUGUCGAAAAAGAAGGGCUCUAUUGGCAGCUGGAGGAAAUGCCUGACAAUUACGAUGAGCUGAUGAAGACCUCUGGUGUGCCUGGUCGCGCAGAUAGUCUUCGUCGCUUGAGAAACGAGCUUCCAACUACGAGCAUGUCUUACAAUCGCAGCACACCAUCAGGUCCUCCAUCAGUCAAUUUUGAUCUUAAUGGAGCCCAAGUCUCAUCUUCUGGCAUGGCUAGACCGUUUGGUGCGCUACAUCAAACGCAAUCCAAAGACUUAAGUGAGCAGCCCACGGAUCAGUCAAAGCGCGCUCCAUUUGAGCCAAGAGGUGAUUUGAGGACUGUGUUCACCAGUCAUGGCAACGGGUCACAGAAUACGAACUAUCUCCCAGCAGACUCAAACGAAAGGGCGCUGCCGAUGCUUCGGAAGCGCCCACGACGUUCCUUGGUUGAGAGUGAAGAUUCUGACUAUGAAGAGCAGGAUGGUACCAACGAAUAG